AUGGCGAUUAGGCAUCCCGGAUUUUCGUUUCAACCCACCGACGAAGAUCUCUAUUUCCAUUACUUGUUGCGGAGGCUGAAUCAAGAACCGCUGCCCGAUCAGGACAUCGUUCGCGAUUGCGACGUGUAUGGCGGCGGCGAUCCCUGGAAUAUCUUCGACAAGGAUUGGGACGAGAAGUUCUAUGUCUUCACCGUGUUGAAGAAGAAGAACAAAUCGAGAGUGGAUAGGACUGCUGGCUCAGGUACUUGGAAGGGCGAACAGAGCCACGGAAUCAGGGAUUCGCGAGGUAAGCUAGUUGGCUACAAGAAACCCUUCACUUUCAAACUGAAAGCCGGCUCGAAUGCAGAAGCUGACAAGGCCGAGAAUGGGCACUGGAUCAUGUACGAGUACUCGACACAUCCCCACAUUGAAACAAAAUGCGUCUUAUGCGUAAUCAGCAACAAAUACGCCCGAAAAGUAAACAAGGAGGAGUGCCGAAAGCUGCGCAGCCGGGUGCAACUUGAAGAAGAGAAUCGACUAGCCAAGAAGGCACGCCUACUCUGCUAUGAUCACGCCUUUGUCAUCGACAUUCCUUCCGCCGCAUCGCCACCCUCAACUACCGCCACCGUUCAAGCUCAACCAUCCACUUCCCUGGCUUUCGACGAAGACGAAGUUGUCAUUCCACAGAAUGGCAUCUGCUGCGCCACUGAAUCCCCGGCUUUUCACAGCGACAGAAAUGCCAAUGCGCUUCCUCCAACAGCAGCGAACAUACGAGAAGAUACCCGCCUCACGGCUUCCUCGGCUUUUGGUGGCGCAAACGCUGGUCCGCUUUCUCCGACGGCAGCACCCAUGGUGGACCCUGAAUGGGCGGAUCAGUUGAAGAAUAUGGAGAUAAGUCCGUUGGUCAAGUACCUCUUGUGUACGGUCGUCAAGCAACGCGCUCGAGCUCUUCAUGCAAGGAACAACGUCUUGGAGUCGCACCCGGAAGAAAUUGCACCCAAUUGGCCUUAUUAG